AUGGCGAGGAUACGGAGUGAGGUGCUGUCCCCGUUCCGGUUGGUGCGGAUGUUCUUCUACCUCGCGUUCAUGGCCAGCGGCGCGCUGGGGGGCCUCAUCGUGCUCACGCAGCUCCUCCCGGCGCUGUCCAACCCCGCGAGGGCCGCCGGCGCGGCCGAGACGCUCAAGGGCCUGGGCAUCGACGCCGCGGCCGUCGCGCUCUUCGCCUUCCUCUACUCGCGCGAGAGCAAGGCCAAGGACGCCCAGGUGGGCAGGCUCGCGCGGGAGGAGCGCCUGUCCAGGCUCAAGCUCCGCGCCGGCGCCGGGGACGGCAGGCCGCUCGCGCUCGUGGCGCAGCUACCGCCGGUGAAAGGGAUGUGGUCGGGCCUUCUUGACGGGAUGGACGGCAGGGUGCUCUAGGCCAACCCCUGCGAGAAGCCACCCGUUUUGCCGUGGCAAGUUUAGCUAGAUGUCACAGGGAUUCUUUUUUACUUGUUAUUCAUCAGAGUUGAAAUU